AUGGCCCCUAAGGACGCAAAGAAAGGCGGUGCCUCCAAGGCCCCCAAGGGCUCCAAGCAGGCCCAGGCUGCUUCUAAGGCUGCCCUCAAGGGUGUGCACGCCCACAAGAAGGUCAAGGCCCGCUACACCACCAGUUUCCACCGCCCCAAGACCUUGCAGCUGUCGAGGGCCCCCAAGUACCCCCGCAAGUCGGUCCCUCACCUGCCGCGCCUGGACGAGCACAAGAUCAUCGUCCACCCGCUCAACACCGAGAGCGCCAUGAAGAAGAUUGAAGAGAACAACACUCUGGUCUUCAUUGUCGACAUCAAGGCCAACAAGGCCCAGAUCAAGCAGGCCCUGAAGAAGCUCUACGACCUGGACGUGCUCAAGAUCAACACCCUCAUCCGCCCUGACGGCCAGAAGAAGGCCUACGUCCGCCUGACCCCUGACGUCGAUGCUCUGGACAUUGCUGCCACCAAGCUGGCUCUGGUCUAA